AUGUUGGCAGGAGGAAACGGAGCCGUUUUGGCUCAACGGUUUCAGUACUUUCUCGAUAAGUCGACCCCGCACUAUGGGUACAGAUGGAUCGCUACACUCGUUAUUGCUCUCAUCUACACCAUACGCGUGUUUUUCCUACACGGAUAUUACAUAAUCACGUACGGACUGGGCAUCUACAUGCUGAAUCUGCUCAUUGGGUUUCUGUCCCCUCAAGUGGAUCCUGAGGCGGAAGGGCCAGUGCUGCCAUCCAAGGGCAACGAUGAGUUCAAGCCCUUCAUCCGACGGCUACCAGAGUUCAAGUUCUGGUACGCAAUGACCAAGGCGUUUCUCGUGGCCUUCACAAUGACCUUCUUCCCCAUCUUUGACGUGCCGGUGUUCUGGCCAAUCCUGCUAAUGUACUGGUUCACGCUCUUCGUGCUCACCAUGAAGCGCCAGAUCCGCCACAUGAUCAAAUACAAAUACGUCCCCUUCUCCUUCGGGAAGCAGAAGUACAAGGGGGGGAAGAAGCCUGCAGGAAAGGACGAUGAUGCCGUACCCAUAGUCAAAACAGCCUCGCUUCCUGCCAAGUCAAAGGAUUAG